AUGACGCGGCACAGCCUCACAGACAAUAUCAAGUUCACUGCCAUCUCGUACGCUUGGGGCUUCAUCAAUGUGAUAUACCCAAUUGAGUGUAAUGAUCAGGAAGUCCUCAUCUCCGAGAGCGUCCACGGGGCAAUGCACGCUCUCCUCGAUCUCGACCUAUGCGGCUCGGCCGGCUUCCCUCUAUGGAUUGACGCUUUGUGCAUUAAUCAAAGCGAUCUUGGAGAGAAAACACGUCAGGUUAGACAGCUGAAAGAAGUCUACUCGCGCGCUGAAUUUGUCGUCGGUUGGCUCGGUCAAGAGACCCCAGGUGAUGAGAGGGCGAUUGCGUUGAUGAAGAAGCUGUACGGUAUAAUCGGCGGCCCACGGGAAACGGACGACGCGUUGCUGCUCCGCCGCCGCAAGGAGUUUGCAAAAAUAACACUCACGGGCCCAAACAUCGUCGAUGUGCCGACAAUGGCUGAUAAUCUAUGGCGGGAUGUUGCGUCUUUCAUAGAAAAGCCAUGGUUCGGCCGCGUUUGGAUCAUCCAGGAAUAUAUUUCGGCUUCGAAGUUCAUCUUCCUGUGUGGCCACACCGGCAUUGCUGACACGCCUAUUUUUCAGCCGAUGAGAUAUCUGCAUGCUUACCAUCCAAUUAUUUACUCGAUCUUCCAAGGUCAUGGAUGUUCAACACCAACGAAGAUUAAUGCUCUUUCCAAUCUAAGAAAUUAUGUUGGGGGAGCAUCUUCGGCACAAGAAAACUCACCAAAACCCUCAGAUUUGAUGCACUGCAUAGCCAUGAGUCGGAGGUUUGCGGGGACCGAUGCUCGUGACAAGAUAUUCGCUCUGGCGUUACUGUGCGGUACGACGCACUUGGACUUGAUUGACUACACUCAGGAUUUAAGGACGGAUCUAGCAAAUACAGCUCAACACCUCCUGUCCACUAAUGGCAUCCACUUACUUGCACUCUGUCGGCUUUAUGAUCGGGUGGAAGGCUUGCCGUCCAAAGAUCCCACGGACUUCCACAGCGGAGACGGCGAGUGGAGAUUUGAGGUUGAUAAAUCCGAGGGUCUGAUUGUGUCCUCGCACCUCCUAGAUCAGAUCAAACACGCUAUGGAACCUAUUUACAUCAGGAGUGUAGACCAGGAACCUUUCCCAAAGAUUAUGAUGCUCACGAUCGGAUAUAUGCUGAAGUUCGGCAAGAUGUCUCUGCAAGGGGAGUUGUCUCGACUUCUUCGCUCAAAAGAGUUUGUUGACUGCCUUCAAUCGUAUCCUUCCGCUCUUCCAGUCUCGGAAGCUUUUGUGCGAAGUCUCCUAGUUGAGAAGCCUCAGAUCUGCCUCGCUGAACUGAAAGCCAACGUGGAAAAUUUUGAGAGUUCGCUGAAGCUCCUGGCUUCAUCACCAGACACAGAGCAAUGGUCGGCCAAAUGGGACAGUCUGGCAUCUGUCUUAUCGGUAAAAAGGCGUACUAUGGGGUUCGCCAGACUAUCGACAAUCGCCAUGGCUGGGAUAUGGGCCACUACAGGACUUCUAAGAUCCGGUUCCGGUCGAUCUCUUCCCGCCCAGCUACGUAUCGCCCAGCGACUUGCAGCUCUGGGCUUUUUCACCGCUGCCUGUUUCAAUAUCCUGGAUAUAGCCCUGGGUUGGAAGGUGGCGCUUCUUCAGAAGCGGCUGGAACAGCUCCAGAGCGUUAUGGCACGAAGCGGGAUAUAUAUCACCCUGGCCAGCAUCUGGGACCGCAGGCUAUGUCUCACGGAGAGAGGCUAUAUAACAUGGGCACCCAAAAAUGCAGCAGUGGGUGACGAGAUACGUCUUCUCAUGGGCGCCAAGCUACCAUUCAUUGUCAGCAGACAAGCAGUCCGCGAAGGAUCAAGUCUGCCUUCAUACAACCUCGUUGGAGAUUGCAAACUUUACGGCCUAGACGUGGCUGACAUUGACAUUCACCUGUCAGCCAAGCCGGCGCAGACUCUCAGAAUAGUCUGA